CGGACACACCUCUUCGCACACUCAUAAUCACUUUGGUCGGUUUCUUCCUGUCGCCUUCCUCAAAAAUAUAUAAAAAUAUCAUAACAAUGAUGCAGUACGAAGAACUCGCUCUUCAAAGAAGCUUCAGCUUCAACUCAACCAAGAUCAACCCUGCCAACUCUCCAGCACGUGGCUUACACGCCCGUUCUCCUUCCUCCACCACUUUGAUCCCAACCAUCCCUCACCACGAACUCUUCCUCGUACCUUGCCGUAAUUGCUCUUCCUCCUCCUCCUCCCGCCGACCAGACUCCUCCUCUUCCUCCACUAACAAAACCGUGAAAGUCAACGUGAAGCUACCAUCCUUCUUACGUUCUCUCCUCAACCUCAUUAACCUCCCUACAUGCAACGUCAUCUGCCUUCCUUCUCCUCCCUCUUCUUCCUCCUCCUCCAGCGUCUCUAACCAGCUGAUCUCACUCGUCAGAGGUGGAUCCUCUUCCCUAGGGAGGAGAGUCACGGGAACGUUGUACGGACACAGGAGAGGCCACGUCACGUUUUCUGUGCAGUACGGUCCGAGAUCAGACCCGGUAUUGCUCUUGGACUUAGCCAUGUCAACGGCUACUCUCGUCAAAGAGAUGGCGUCAGGGCUGGUCAGGAUCGCGUUGGAGUGCGAGAAACGUCACCGUUCGGGGACAAAGCUUUUUCAGGAGCCUAAGUGGACAAUGUAUUGUAACGGGAGGAAGUGCGGUGUCGCGGUGUCGCGUGGAGGCGCGUGUACCGAGUCGGAUUGGCGCGUGUUGAAUACGGUUUCUAGGGUUACGGUUGGAGCUGGAGUUAUUCCUACGGCGAAGAGUAUUGAUGACGUGUCCGGUGAUGGUGGUUUUGGUGGUGGAACGGAGCUUGGGGAGUUGUUGUAUAUGAGAGGUAGGUUUGAACGAGUCGUGGGGAGCCGUGACUCGGAAGCGUUUUACAUGAUGAACCCUGACAAAAACGGUGGUCCAGAACUUAGUAUUUUUCUACUUAGAAUAUGAAGAUUUAAAUAUGUUUUUCAAUAUUAUAUAGCGAAUGGAUGCAGUGACUUGUUAUGAAACAUAUGUAAACGAUAGGGAAAAGGCCUAGGAGGUUAUGCUAGGUUUUUUCUAAUCUCUUGUUUAUUAGAUGUGGUGUUUUUGUUUAUUUUCGUUCUUGUUGUUGUUGUUUUGAAAGCAAUUUUUGUAAUUUUUGUUUUGGUUAAAUAAGAAGAAAAGAAGGAUCG